GGGAGGGCGGAGGACGAAUCUGCUUGUGGUGUCGGCAUUUUGUCAGCGUGAUGGGGGUUUUUUUCUCCCUUCUCUGUUAGUAUGUGUUCAAAACGCACUUAGCAAGAGCACUAGGUGCACAGUGUAAAACUGAAAGCGUUGCAGAGUGGUCGUCCGGGAUCUUCAAUGUGUCAGUCCUUGGAACUGUUGUGAGUUGCUGUUUCUUUCAUGUGAAUGCAAGGGUUUGCGGAUUGCCACAGUGUGAACUUGUGAAGUCUGACUGUCCAGCUGUUUGCCGCUUAUGGUGUUUCCUUUGUUAGCACUGAAGGUGUCAGCGUUUUGAAUCAGAGUCUCCCACCCACACAUGUAAUUCAACUUCUCCUGCAUCCUGCAGUGAGUCUGGUGUUGACCUCAGGCCUAGCUCUGUAAAAGGUCAUGACACACCAAGACUGAAGGAGGUUAUAGAACGAAACAGCUUCAGUUGCUUUAGCGUAGUAACCAACUUUAGAUGGGGUUAGAACUAGACUUCAGAUGGGGCUGUAAUGGGUGAUAAGGAGAGGGUGUGUCCUGCAUGGAUCCUGUUGGCAGAGAUAAUAGUCUGGGAUCGUUGGUGGCGGUGCCUGCGGGCGAGAGCUGCGUGGAGCUGCUUGCACGCCUCCGCCUAGGAGCCAGACCUGCUGGCGACUUCCAGGGCACACCGUGGUCCGCGGUGCCAGGAGAGGCAGGAAGCCUGCCUCUGCACCCCAGCUGCGCCGCUGAUCGGGAGCUGCCGGAGGAAAAGCGAAAACUCAGGCAGUAAUUCCAUCGGGGUAUAUAUCUUUCCACUCCCCAGUAAAACAUUUGUCUAGUAAAUGUAAGAAACACAAGCUCUGAGUUUCCUGGACCACGUCAACACAGAUGGGAGCAAUCCGGGGACGGGCCUGUCAGCUUUCACUCUGCACAGGAAGGCUCACCGGAGAGGAGAACUCAUUUGAUGGUGCUUUCCCAAAAAAGAUCUGCACGUCUGUUUAAAUGCUUCAUGUAAACUGAGAUGCUGUAUCAGGAACUAUAGCUGGGCUGCUGCUGGAGGGGCACGCAGAAUGGCUAGAUUGAAGGUUUCCAUCCACAGAACAGGCUCCAUCCAGUAGGCUGCAAAGGCCCUAGGGGGGCGUGUCGACAGUCACCGGCACCUGGGAGGACAGGCGAGCAGAGCUGGGCCAGCAGGGAACAUACAAGCUGCCCAUGCCGACUGUGUAUGAAGCUGGGAAGCAGUACACGGGACCUGAGUCCACAGAGAGACCCCUUUCGAUGUCCCGGCAUGAGACCUCUCCGACGACGGUGCAACCGGCUGGCAACCAGCGCCCCAAUGCCUGCUGCUUCUGCUGGUGCUGCUGCUGCAGCUGCUCGUGGAACGAAGACCGGGAGCGAGCGUGGCGGGCGUCUCGAGACACCAAACUGGAGCCCAUUCCAAACUGUGAAGCUUGCCUCAAGCCAACUCCCGACGAAGUGCAGGGCUGGGCCCAGUCGUUCGACAAGCUGAUGAAGAACCCAGCGGGCAGGAACGUGUUCCGGGAAUUCUUACGGACUGAGUACAGCGAGGAAAACAUGCUCUUUUGGUUAGCAUGUGAGGAACUCAAAAACGAGUGCAACAAGCACACCAUCGACGAGAAGGCCAGAAUGAUCUACGAGGACUACAUCUCCAUCCUCUCACCCAAAGAGGUGAGCCUGGAUUCCCGGGUGCGCGAAGUCAUCAACAAGAAGAUGCAGGAGCCCUCGACGCACACCUUUGACGACGCGCAGCUACAGAUCUACACCCUCAUGCACAGAGACUCCUAUCCCCGCUUCCUGAACUCUGCCAUAUACAAAGCGCUGCUGCAGAGCGUCUCGCGGUCGUCCUCGGAGUCCUAAGCACCUGCCACCCUCGGCCCGUGGCAACGCCACAAACAGUUCUUUUUGUACACCGGUGUCGGGGGGGAUCCCCGAGCUCUGGCUCUGUCUGGGGCAGGCGGGGAGGCCUCUGGGACCAGGGGGCCGGAGCUCCCGCUCCCC